CCCCCCUGUCCCUUUGUAAACUCCACACAACAACCCCUUGGAGCCGAGGAUGGGGACCCCUUUCCGCUUUCUCACAUUUUACCUCAUGCACUUAUCCGCAUUCAUUUGGGUGGUUUUGGCGCAUCUAUCAGUGCUUUCCCCCUUUCGACCUGUUUAUUGUCCCAUUCCCCAGUAUGGUAAUAGUAAGUUUUUUCGCCAUUUUGCCAUUUCUCGUUGAAUUCGCGUUCUUCAGGACUGCGGGGUUUUCUCGUUACCUCACUUCUUACGACCACGAUCGCCAUGCAUGUAUGGCCACCUCCUUGCUUUUGAUUCCCUUUAUUUGGCUUCUUAUCUAUUUGCCUAUCUCUUGUAUUCUGUUUUGCCUACGACUGCCCUUGUGACAACGAUCACGAUGACUAACGAUGUCACUUCACAUACUAUGUACACGGCGUGCACUCGUCCGCCCCAAGAACAUAUUUGCGUGUGGACAAUAUCCUGAAGUAUGGGAAGGUAAUAACCGAUGAUCUGGCAUCAGAUAUGGAUAUUGGUUAUAAAUGGAUAUCAUGG